UGAAAUGUAAAAAAAAGUUCGUAGUUGAAUUGCAAUUGCUAGGAGGAAAAAAAAUUUAGAAAAGAAUUUCUAUUCAAUAAAAAGCAAAGUGAUAGGAAUUUUGUAAAAUAUUAAUAACUUAACAUUUAGAAAUAUAUUUAGGAAGUUGUUUAACAAAUUGAAUAAAGAUAUAAGCUAGUAAAAAUGUCAACACCAGCUAGAAGACGUCUCAUGAGGGAUUUUAAAAGACUUCAAGAAGAUCCACCAACUGGAGUUUCUGGUGCACCAACUGAUAAUAAUAUAAUGAUAUGGAAUGCUGUGAUUUUUGGCCCACAUGAUACGCCAUUUGAAGAUGGUACAUUUAAGCUAACAAUAGAAUUUACUGAAGAAUAUCCAAAUAAACCACCAACAGUAAGAUUUGUAUCUAAAGUAUUUCACCCAAAUGUUUAUGCAGAUGGUGGUAUCUGUUUGGAUAUAUUACAAAAUAGAUGGAGUCCUACAUAUGAUGUAUCAGCAAUUUUAACAUCAAUACAGUCUUUAUUGAGUGACCCAAAUCCAAAUUCACCAGCAAAUUCAACCGCUGCCCAAUUAUAUAAAGAAAAUCGCCGAGAAUAUGAAAAGCGAGUGAAGGCUUGUGUAGAACAAAGUUUUAUCGAUUAGCCAUUAACUUCUGU